AGGCAGGUUGAGAAUGAUUUCCUACACAUGGUUGACCAAGAAAUGGAGGAUCGCCCAGACUUGGUUUCGAUUGGAUCUUGUGUUUUACUUGUGCUUCUUCAUGGGAAUGAAUUGUAUACACUUAAUCUUGGUGACAGCAGAGCAGUGUUGGCAACAAGCGAUUGUGAAUCAAAUGGGGAUGGAAAACUCAAAGCUAUCCAGCUUACAGAUAGUCACACUGUUGAAAAUGAAGCCGAAAGAGCUCAGCUUCUGGCUGAUCAUCCUGAUGAUCCUAUGACCAUUGUAUCAGGAAGAGUGAAAGGAAAACUGAAGGUUACCCGCGCAAUUGGAGUUGGCUACUUGAAAAAGAAAAGUCUGAAUGAUGCAUUGAUGGGGAUCCUUCGGGUUCGUAAUCUUGUAAGCCCUCCAUUUUCUGCUGAACCAUCGUUAGGUGUGCAUAAGAUCUCAAGUUCUGAUCAUUUCGUCAUAGUGGGGAGUGAUGGUUUAUUUGAUUUCUUCAACAAUGACGAAGCAGUGGAGCUUGUAGAGUCUUAUAUCCAGAGCAACCCUUCUGGUGAUCCAGCAAAGUUUCUUGUCGAGCAGCUUCUAUCAAAAGCAGCUGAUUGUGCAGGUUUCAGCAUGGAAGAGUUGAUGAAUGUUCCGGCGGGAAGGAGGAGGAAGUACCAUGACGAUGUAACCGUAAUUGUGAUCAUCCUUGGCACUAAUCAGCGGACUUUAAAGGCAUCAACUUGUAUAUGAGUUUCUCUAUUAUUUAAGUGUGAAAUGAAUGUACUUGAUGAAGCAUGCCCCAGGUUUGAUGUGUAUAAAAUAGAGACGUCUUAGUCAGCAUUACCCAACACUAAAUAUUUAACGGAAAAAAAAAAAAGCAUGCUUUGAUAAAUAUUUUUUUAAUAGAUUAAAUAUAAUAGAAAUCCUUCCGUGUA